ACUUCACACCUAGAGGAUGAGUGUGCCAGUCCAACACCUGAGCGAGAGAAGUACUAGUUUCUACUUGUGGACAAUUUCUGUUUUUCUUCUGGAAACUAUGGAAUAUCCCGACUCAUCAGACACCUUCUAUUCAUAUCGGAGCGGCGAUGGUGUUUAUGUAAGAAGCCAGCCGACCAGGAGCCAGUGUAGACAGGGAAAUGGUGAAGGUUUCACCAGAGAGUCCAGGAACCUGGACAAGAAGAGGGCUGAGGCGGAGAAGAGGGAUGCAUCAAUUGAACCUGCAGAAAGACUGGACAAUUCAAAGAGAGCCAAAGACGAAUCUUUUAUGAGGAGAAUGGGACUCUCCUUUCAUAGGAUCCUGGAGAUUAAGAAGGCUCAGGUGGAAAAGAGGGAUGCGUUCAUUGGACAUCCAGUAAGACUGGACAAUUCACAGAGAACCAGUAAUAAAUCUGUUCUGAGGAGGCUGGGUCAUGGUGACAACCUGCCUAUGCCUCAACCAUCUGCUUUAUACCGAGGAGGCAAAUCCUUUCUGAGAGGGCAGAGGAGCUGGGACAAGGACCCUUUUGCACGUGCAUGUAAGGAGGAUCUAGACAGGGACAGCCCAACAGCUUCCAUGGGUUCUCUGUCAAGCCUCAGCACUGUGGACUUUUGUACUCCAGAUAUCCUGAGGGAAAUUGACCAGAUACAAUUUUCUCUUCCUGCAAAACCCAAUGACAAGGACGAGGAGGUAGUCAGAUCGAGGCUCCAGACGGCAAAACACAAGAUUGAGGCUAUCGUGGAGGGGAUCCAUGUCAACUCCCAGCCCACUGGGAAAUUCCCUCCGGUGACGCCUUUGGCUCCCAUCCGUUCUAAAGAUCCCCAAACAAAUAGGAGAGGACCUCAAACCAGGUCAAUCCAGCACCCUGCAAGGACAGUCGUUAGAAAAGGCAAGACGACAGCCAGUGACGGUAUACCCUCUACCGACACUGAAGAAAAGGUUGACGCUAUCUCUGAAACACUGGAGCGCAUCCGUGUCAACUCCCAGCCCGCACCUUCUCCUGCAUUGGCAACAAAGAAAAUCCCUGUGGUAACGCCUUUGGCUCCCCCUCGUUCUAAAGAUCCCCAAACAAACAGGAGAGGACCUCAAACCAGGUCAUUCCAGCACCCUGCAAGGGCUGUCGUUAGAGCAGGAAAGAAGACAGCCAGUGACGGCAUACCCUCAACUGACACUGAAGAAAAGGUUGAGGCUAUCACGGAAACACUGGAGCGCGUCCGUGUCAAAUCCCAGCCCGCACCUUCUCCUACAUUGGCAACAAAGAAAAUCCCUGUGGUGACGCCUUUGGCUCUGAUCCAUUCUAAAGAUACCCAAACAAACAGGAGAGGACCUCAAACCAGGUCAGUCCAGCACCCUGCAAGGACAGUCGUUAGAGCAGGCAAGACGACAGCCAGUGACGGCAUACCCUUGAGUGACACUGAAGAAAAGCCACUGGACAAACCUGUUGCGAGCCUCUCCCUCUGCUUCCAGCUGCUCUCCUUAAAUGACUGGAAAAAGAAAAUGGAUGGGAUGAAAAUCAUUCGAGCUCUGGCGCAGCAUCAUUCGCAGACCCUGAUACCAAAACUCCGUAAAGUGUGUCUGGUGCUCGUUGAGGAGGUGACAAACUUGCGCUCUGCAGUGGCCUGUGCCGCUAUAAACACUUUGGCUGAGCUUUACGUGCGCCUCCAGAGAGUCAUGGAUCCAGAGGUGGAGAUAACAGGAAAAGCCCUGCUGCUGACACUGGCACAUACCUUGAACGCCUUUACUCAACAGCAGAUCAAUCAGGCCCUGGAUGCCAUGGUGCAGAACUGCAGCCCUGGGCGGGUCGUGAAUGCUCUAUUUACCACAGGAUUGAGCCACUGUUGUGUUGCCGUGAAAGUAAGUACGGCCCAGCACCUGCACCAGCUGGCUGACAGGCUUGGAGCCGCUCACGUCUUCAGAGCAGGGAAGACCUACACUGAGCGCUUCCUUAUUGCCGUCUCUAAACAGUCUUUGGAUGCAGCCCCAGAAGCACCACGGACAAACGAUCCUCCGCGAACUGGUGCACCACAGAGACUUUCUUAAUCUGUGGACGAAGAUCAUCCCAGAAAAGGACAGAUGGCGACUGGACAAGAUCAUGAUGAAAGCCAAGAAGUGAAAAUGGAGAUACUGCAACACUGCUGUGGAUAAUUCGCAUUUUUUCCAACCACCAGUGUGGCGUCAGAGAUCGCCAGGUUUGCCGCAUUGCAAAUUAUCCAAUUCCACGUCCCAGUCGAGGAAGAACUCUGUGUCCCUGCCGUCAAUGCCUGUCAGGAUAUUGGCUUGUAAAGUGUAAAAAAAUCCCUGACUUGGAUCAUCCAAGAGAACCUUCCUUUUCUAGUUUUUUGUCCAUAAUUUUCCUCUGUUUUCGGCCCUAUUGAUUUUGUCUUGAUUAAACCGGUUUUCACAUUAAUUUACAGAGUGUUUGUGUUGAUCCUCAGCAAAAAAUGAAGAAAAUUGGUUAUUCA